GCCAACCAAACCUCACUAAAACCAACCCCUCCAUCCCCCAAUUCCUCCAACUCCUCUGACAUCAUUCACUCCCCGCACUCGCACUCCUCAGAACCAUACACCAUCCACCAGCAAACUACCUACAAACAACAAACCAACUGUCGCCAAAAUGUCCGUCGGACCCGUCAGCUUUCUGCCUCUCGGCGCCAUCAUCCAGGAGCUCCGCGUGGGCGGCGUCAACAUCGUGCAGGGCUUCCCGGAGCAAUCGCACUACGAGAGCUACAACGACCCCUUCUUCGGCGAGACCAUUGGCCGCGUGGCGAACCGCGUCAAGGGCGCCAAGCUUGACUCUUUGAACGGCGGCAAGAGCUACACCCUCGCUGCCAACAACGGGCCGAACAACCUGCACGGCGGCGUGGUGGGAUGGGGCAAGAAGAUCUGGAACGGGCCCACUCCUAUCGGCGUGAGGCAGAUCCCCGGUGUUGAGUGCGUCGAGGGUGGCGAGAGCGUCAAGUUUUCGCUGGUGAGCCAGGAUGGGGAUGAGGGUUUCCCCGGCACCGUGGAGGCCACUGUGGUGUACACCGUCGGCAAGCAGGUGCAGGACGGGAAGGAUGUUGUCGUACUCGGUAUUGAGUACGAGGCCGAGCUCGUUGGUGGGGCGGACGAGACGGUCAUUAACAUGACAAACCACUCCUACUUCAACCUCACCGGCGGCCCCUCAAUUGAGGGCACCGUCGUGACCCUCGCCACCAACAGCUACCUCCCCGUCGACGACGGCGGCAUCCCCACCAGCGGCCCCAAGCCGUUUAGCAAGAUCGAGGGCAACAAGGCGUUCACCCUCGGUCCCCAAGAGCCAGAUAUCGACGACUGCUUCAUCGUCAACGAGGCGCCCAACACGGUUCCGCUCGACACCCGCUCAAAGCCGCUCACCAAGUUGGUCAGCGCCAACCACCCCGAAUCCAAGAUCAACCUUGAGGUGCUCAGCACGGAGCCGGCGUUCCAGUUUUACACUGGCAAGUACAUCAGCGUACCCGAGGUGCAGGGCAAGGCCGCACGCGGCGCCCGUAGCGGCUUUUGCGUUGAACCCAGCCGCUGGGUUAACGCGUGCAACGUUGAUGAGUGGAAGAGCCAGAUGCUGCUCAAGAAGGGCGAGAAGUACGGCUGCCGCAUCGUGUACCGGGCGUGGAAGGAGUAGGCGUAGGAGGAGUUGGUAGAUCUGUCACGAGUA